GGACGCGUCUCCAGGAGGGUCUCUCGCCUUGCAGGUCCGUUUCAGAAAAGGACUUGCUAAUUUCAACUUCAUUGACUCUCCCCGCCACCCAAAAAAAUAAUAAAAAGCCCAGAGGGGCGUGGAUGGGCGGGGUGUAAAAAGCGCAUUAAGGAACUUGUCAAGUUGAACUGUUCAGACUUGCUUAGGAAAUCUCUUGUUUGUCGCUCCCUAAUUUUCUCCUCUUUUUUUGGAGGAAAAAAGUUUUGGGGGCAGGAAAAAAAACCCUUAUCUAUCUAGCUGCGCUUUUUUUUUUUUUAAGAAGCAACUCUCAGAGAAGAAUAAGAGAAGGGACUGGUUUUCUUCCUCCCAUUUCAUUUUAUAUAUAUAGGUUUUUUUUUAAAAUGUUCUGCAUCAUGAGCAAAGUAUUUGUUCUGUGCCUGUGGAUUCUCCUCCGAGUGGAUUCCCUGAUGUACCCGGCCGUCAUCCUCCCCCAAGACCCGACUCUCCGCAUCGGCUCCUCGCUCACGGCCAACUGUUCGGUUGCUGCCGACUCGAGCCUGCGAGCCGAAGACCUUUACUGGACUCUGAACGGCCGGCGGCUCCCGUCGCAGACGUACAAGGUCCUCAGCGCCAACACCCUGGGCGUCACGAUCUCUAACCUGAACGGAUCGCAGCAGCAGUCGGGGGACAACCUGGUCUGCCACAGCAAGGAAGGCGGAGGCAUUUUGGCCGGAUCCUGUCUCUAUGUAGGAUUGCCGCCAGAGAAACCGACGAACAUCUCCUGCUGGUCCAAAAAUCUAAAGGACCUCACCUGCAGGUGGACCCCUGACAGAGGAGAGACCUACCUGCACACCAAUUACACCCUGAAGUACAAAUUGAGGUGGUACGGGCGAGACAACGUUUGCCGGGAAUAUCACACAGCCGGGCCCUACACCUGCCACAUCCCAAAGGAUCUGGCCCUCUUCACGCCCUACGAGAUUUGGGUCGUAGCCACCAACCGGCUGGGGGAAUCCACGUCCGACGUGGUCAUGCUGGACAUUGUGGACGUAGUCACGACCGACCCGCCCUCGAACGUCCACGUCAACCGUGUCGGUGACCUCGAGGACCAGCUAAGUGUCCGCUGGAGUGCCCCUCCGGCCCUGAAGGACUUUCUCUUCCAAGCCAAGUACCAGAUUCAGUACCGCGUAGAGGACAGCACCGAGUGGAAGGUGGUUGACAACGUGGGCAACCAAACCUCGUGCCGGCUCGCGGGUCUGAGGCCCGGCACGGUCUACUUUGUCCAGGUGCGCUGCAACCCCUUCGGCAUCUAUGGUUCCAAGAAGGCCGGUAUCUGGAGCGAAUGGAGCAACCCCACGGCCGCCUCGACCCCUCGGAACGGACGUGUGCCGGGGGUCUGCGAACCCAAAAGCGGGGAACACAACAACACAUUGCGCCGGGAGCUGAAGCAGUUUUUCGGCUGGAUGCGCAAACAUGGAAGUUGCGCAAGCCUGAGUAUCAAAAUGUACGAUCAGUGGCGGGUAUCGCUCCAGAAGUCGCACAAAACACGGAACCAGGUCCUCUCCGGCGAUAAGUCCUAGCGGCGUCCGAAAAGGGCCGAAGAGGAGUAAAGGCAGCGGGGCGGUUGGUUCUCCCGGGUGGCGAGCCGAGGAAUCGGGCAGCGUCGCCGGAAGGGGGGAGCGGAAGAACCGUGUGGAGCCACGUCGGCGCCCGAACCCGCCACCAACCGGCAAACCACCCCCAGGCUCUCCUUUCGAAGAUGCGGAAAAAGGGAGAGUCGCAAAUAUCCCCCACCUUUCCCCAUAUAUAUAUAUAUGCUGCAGGGAGGUUUUAGGUACCACUGAAUUUGGGGACUGGUAUGGCGAAGAAGCCCUUUCUCCAAGUUGGGAGACGGGAUAAAAGCCAACCCAGAAAACGGAGCCCCGUGGAUUUCGUUUUGUUCUGCAAACUUCUCCAAAUAAAUGUUAUGACGUGUGUGCUGUGUGUUUGUCUCU